CAAAGUGAAAUCAAGGCGCGGACUCGGACAAAAUAUAGUCCCCGUUUUUUAACUCGAAAUUACAGAAAGAAACGGCGAACCGGUACCGCUUUGGAGCCGUUCAAGUUCGACAGUGUCCCGGAGAGCAACCGUGCUGGACUCGGGCCCGUUCCGUGGGGUUUGGAGCACUUUUGGAGACGGGCGGAAAGUGGGUGAUGAGUCCCAGCCUGUGUAAAAAGAAGCGAGAACUUGCUCUGCAGCCUGGAGUAGUUCUUCUUUCAAUUGUUAUUGUCGCUUUAAAAAAAAUCUUUAAUUCACUCAAACUUGGUCUCGGUCGCGUCCAAAGUGGAAGAAAAGUGUUUUCCUGGUGGGAACAUGGAACUACAGGGCCUGCAAGAGGCGCUGAAAGUGGAGCUCCAGUGUCAUCAGAAUCAGACGUUGUGCAAAGGACUGAAUGAGCUUCAAAAUGGUCAGAAGCUGGCUGUCCGGAGCUGUCCCGUGGGGACCCCCAAGCCGCUGUCGCUCAUCAAGUCCCCCAGCCAGGGCAUCGCCAUCUCCGUGGUGCCGGCCAAGGCCCCCGUUUCCAUGGUGACUGCACACAUUAACGGCCAGAAGGCGGCGGCGCCCGAGCCGCUGCAGACGUCCCCCAUCAACCUGCAGGCGGGCGGCAGGGUGACGGCCGGGGCCGGAGUCGUCCCGUUCGGCGGCGGCAGGAGAGCCGGAGAGCUGCUGCCCCCCUCCCAGAUGCUGGGAACUCUCACUGCUGUGCCCAUAAAGGUGCCUCAAGUCAGCUCGCUGCACCGGCUGGCAGGACAAGCAGCCACUGUGCUACCUCAGGUCAGGCCAAAGACCCAGAUCCCCGACAGCCUCCCCCACAGUCCCUGCCAGGAGCUGCAGCCGCUCAGCUUGCAGAGAGUCACUGCUGUGGUCAGUCCCAAAAACCAGGCGCCCACCCUGCCCACCGCCAACAGCACCUUCAGCUCCGACCACCAGCCAAACAGCCACAUCAGCGCCUCGCCGUCCUCCGCCCCUCUGCUCGCCCCGUCAGUGGGCCCCGACUUGGGCAGCCCCGCCCAGCACGCCUCUGCCGGUCCGGGCGUGGCCUACGCCAUCAUCGCCGCCUCCCCUGCCACUGGGAACGGGGUGUCGUCUGUCAGCGAGGCCGUAAAGGUGAUAAUAAUCCAGCCGCAGGCCCCCAGCAGCACUGAGGGGUCCCCAGGGGCCCAGGCUGACCUCCUCUCACAGGAGGCUCCAUCUGCAAAAUCCCCUUCAAAGAAGAAGAAGAAGGAGGAGGAUCCUGAGAAAAUCGCCUUCAUGGUGGCCCUCGGCCUCGUCACCACCGAGCAGCUGGAAGAGAUCCAGACGAAGAGGCAGGAGAGGAAGAGGAGAAGCACAGCGAACCCAGCCUACAGCGGCCUCUUUGAGCCAGAGCGGAAACGCCUGCCGUCACAUUACCUGAACAGCUCCAUCUACCUGUCGGCACGAGAGGAUUUCUGCUGGAAGGAGGAGCUGGAGCAUGAAGACCGCUGCGCCGUCUGUAAGGAGGAAGGAGAGCUGCAGAUCUGCCACAACUGCCCCCGAGCCUUCCACCCCAGCUGCCUCCACCCGCCCAUCAAAAGCCCCCACAGAGGCCCCUGGUACUGCCCCAAGUGCCAGAAGAAGGUCCUGAACAAGGAGAACCUGUCUUGGCCUCAGAGCUUCGUUCAGUCCUAUGUUACCCACAAGACAGUGAGGCAGGAGGAGAAGCGGCGGCUGCUGAGGCGAAACAACGAGCUGAAGAAGGAGUGCGCUCACCUGGAGGAGCAAGACAAGAAGCUCAACAAGACGCUCAAAGUCUGCAUGGAUCAGAGGGAUCGACUCCUCGGUCUGCAGAGGGACACUCAGGCGUCGCUCGACCGCCUCAAAGCGCUCAUCAGGCUCAUCCAGCGAGACCAGCUUGUCCAGGUCACCAUGACGACUGUUGCCAAGCUCCCCCAGCUCUGGAUGAAACCCACCAGCACCGCCGCCAUAGUGGCGGCGCCGUCGGCCGCGCCGCUGCAACCGAACCAGGACGACGUCACCAACUAGAUCCAACAUCUCUGAAGUGUUUUCAAACCCAACACCUACAGUGCUUACGAGAUUUUUUUUAAGUUAUUUUCUAUUUAUUCUUCGCCUUAAUGUAUUUAUUAUGAACCGCUAGAAUCCAGCGUCCGGUUUCCCCCAAACCUGAGCAGUCAGGUGAAGGAGCGGCUGUACAGCGAUUUAUCCGAGUAGAUGUUCGUUUUCAUCCUCCUGUGAACAAAGUUCCUGCCAUACGACUUCAGGAAGACGUUUCCACGCGUAAACGCAGACGAGCCUUCAAACAAAACAGAGAACUACGUUUUUCUCAGUAUUUAUAGAGUUAAAGUCAAAGAAAAAAAGUAUUUAAGAUUAAACUACAGAAAUUAGCUUUUUAGUGCAGAUUUUAGUAUUUUCAUGCCGAUGCCUGUUGAUAAAUGUAAGUUUGGAGUAUUUGAGGGGAUCACUGUACAUAUGUGCUUUCAUCAUCAUCUAAAUCCCAUCUGACGCACAUGAGUUUAACUUUUCUUUAAGGCGCAGAAGGAAAGCCAUCCUGGAUGGAAAGAAAACCUUCACAUACUGAAUGGAUUGGUUAAACUAAGGUGUACAACACCUCAAACACUAAGAAAUUAAUUAAGCCAGACACGCAAGUCGCAUUAUGCAGAUAAUCCAGUUCCCUUCCCAGAAAAUCACUCAUGCAGCUUUUCGAACAAAUAACUUGAUUUCUUUAUGCGCGGAGAAAAAAAAAAAAAAAAAGCUAUCCAGAUCUUUUUUGGAAAGCUCAAUUAAAUUUGACUUAUCACAUUCAGGCCUGAUCUGCAGAAUCAAGAAAUUUAAAGUCAUAAAAAAAACCUUUCCCACUAAAAGGUCUUGGGAUUUAAUCACCUGGAGGGUUUAUCACUUGGGUAAUUUGUCUUAAAUCAGCUUGAUGACUGAUGCGAAAGUUGAAAAAAACCAAACUGCACUACACGUCCAGCAAGUGGCGGUAAUAAGAAACUAAAGGCUUCAUCAGCUGUGCUCUCCAUGAUGCCGUUAAAGUUGGAGCCCGAACUUUCGCUCCGUUUUGGAUUUUGCUUACUUAAUUUCUUUGCUUACUGUAGUCGCAGGCGUGUGUUUAAGCUGAGCCAAUUAUUCACUUCUAAAUUUACUUUCUUGCUCUCCAAUAACAAAUUAUUGUUAUAUAAAUGUCUUAUAUCAUUCACCACCCCCCGCCAGGCUAAGCGUCAUUAUUUAUUUUAAAUGCAUCAAUAUUUGAGAGCGACAUAAAUUUGAAACGGUCAGAAAAGCUCUCGCUGUAAAUAGCUAACACGCUAGCUGUUAUUAGCUUGACGCACAUCACGGCGGUAGUGACGCAAUGCUCCCCACGCUUCACUUCACAAACCUUAAACAUAUCUGUGACCUGAUGCUGCGCCUUAAAAAUCUGUAAACGUUAAUUUAAAAAGGACUGAAUCUGUCCUAAAUGAUUUCAUUUUUAAAGCCCCUUUUUGCUUCUGCGUCUUAAAGAAAAACCUCGUUCCAGUCGACGUGUGAUGCAUCCAUUCAGCCCCUCCCUCUUUAACCAGUAUGGAAAAUAUGCCAAAAACUUAUUUUUGUUUUGUGUCUUAUAUUUUCUGUGUAUUCUGAGCGACAGAUGAACACUGCCUCACAUCGUUUCAGGGUUUCUGUCUGUUGUAUCGUAUCAGUUAUUUGUUUUUUAGCUAAAAUAAGAAGGAAAAACCAGAAGCAGGACGUCUCCGUCGAGCUGCAACAACAGUCGCGAGUCUUCCUGCCGGUCCGGAGACGUCCCGCUUCAACGCUCCGAAUUGUUUUGUGUUUUAUUUUUGUGGUACUGUACUCACCGAUCAGUCGAGGUGCGGCGCUCUGAUGCACAAACAAUGAACAAAAAGCAGAGGAACAGUUCAGGAAAAAAAAAAAUGCCUUUUAUCAGAAAAGAUUUGAUUACAGAGUCAUAUCCAGCUCACCUGUUUGGUCUCUGAAGGAGCGACGCUGCAGGAUCUCAGUUUGACGCAAACACGCUCAAGUCUGUCCAUCUUUUCUGCUUAAAACUGAGCAAAAAUAAACAGUUUGGAAUUGAGAUAUCAGUUCAGCACCUGAAGGAUCCCUGCUGUUAAAAGACUGAAAAUAAACCAAACAUUAAAGUCAGUAAUUAAAAUGUACAUUUUAGUCACAGCUGAACAAAAAGAACUUAAAAAUUCCCUUGGAAAUCAAAAUCAGAUUUUAAACAGCUCCAAUUUCAGGUUAUAAGCUAACAAAAUAUAUUUUUUUGCAGUUGCAUGCAUAAUAAAUAACAUAUUACUUUAAACACCAUACUAUUUUAGAGGAUGUCUCUUCUUUUGAACAGUUAAAAGUGCUUUUAAUGCCUAAAUUUAAGUUUCAUACUUAACGUCUGAUCAGAGAGGAUCUUAAUGAGCAGCUAAUUAAAAUUAAAUCACAUUUCUCAAUUGAAAUAUAAAAAGAAAUACAAUGAUCUAUGAAAAGGAGCAAAAGCAUGUAUAAACUUUUUGGACCAAUCUUGCAGGUAACUUGCGUUUCAACUGUUCCUGAAGAUUUUUGGAUUACUUUUGUUAUAAAAUGAUUUUGCUGAGGAUCUCCUGAUUAAAAAGGUGAACAGACUUCUGCUGUUUCCACUCGCCAGAUUAAAGUUUGGAGGUGGAAAUCUGCCUGUGGACUAGAGGAGACAAAUAUUUAGAGAUCAGAUUACCUUUUUAUUUGCUCCCCUUGGCGGAGCUCCUUCAGAGUCCAACCUGCCUUCAUGAGAGAAUCAAAUCAUCAUCAGUCUAUAACAUAAGAGGGCUUUUAUUUUGAAAUGUGCCAUGUGAUGCAUAUCGAAUCCUCACCUGAGAGGGGGGGGGGAGUUCAAACCGUGAUGGAAACCAUAUCGGUUCUCUUUGACGCAUCGAUGCUUCGCUCGUUAAAAAAAAAAAAAGAGAAAAAGAGAAGCCCACCUUCCUCCUCCUCCUCCAUCCAUUUCUAGGAAUCUUCUCCGGGAGAAACUGUGCAGUGCUUAAACAGAUCUAUUUUACUACACGACACAACAUUUGAACAAAAAAAGAAAGGACAAAAAAAAAAACAUUUUUAUAUUCUUUUAUUGAGGAGCCAAGAGGAACCAGAACCGUCUGUGUAGAUGGAGGUGAAGUAGAAGUUUCUGUUCGUCAGUGGAAACGGGCAACUGUCCAGUGGAUAGUGUGUAUAGGAAAGUGUUUGUCUUAAAUAUGCCAACGUAGUUUUUCCUUCUUUCUGAUGCAUUAAAACGCUGAAUAAUGGAAGGAUGGAUGGUUAAAGAUUAGUCUCACCUUUUGUACCAAGUUCUUACAAAAACAUGGAAUCAUUAAUAAACAAAAUUCAACAACAAAAA